AUGGAUUCGACUCAAAAGAAAGAGGUGGCCAUGGAUACCAAUUCAUUGGAAAUCUCUCAUCCACCUGGGUCUCGACGUUCUCGACUUCUCCGGUCGUCGCCUUUCAGUUUCUCGCUACCAACUCUCCUCUGUCUACUUGCUUUCUGUACCUCAACGGUAAAAGGUGCCCGCGUUCAAUUCCGGAAUUGUCUAUCAAGCUCCUACGUCUCGGCGGAGCCCAAACUCCUCCAAUUCGACCCUCUACAAGCUAGGGCUGUCUUUAACACCUCAGGCGAUAACAACCUGAACGUCACUUUUUAUGGCAAUGUUACAGGACGAACUACCGACGCACCUUACCCUGCUCCCGAUGAUCCUUCAUGGGACAAUCCCAACAUCACCUUUGGAAAAAUCCCCGACUUGAGUGAAGCCAACAACAAAUACACCACUCUCUUCGCUCGAUAUAACUUUCUGAGUUAUACGCCCUGGACCGCCCAGCCAACCCGUUUUUGCAACUCGGUCCUCAACGAUGAGUGUCCGCUUGGUCCGGCUUUUUUUGUCAAUUCAACAGAUCUCAGUCGGCUUCCCGCCUUCUCUAUUGCCCACGAUUUAUUCUCAAGCUACGCAUUCGCUUCUCUUCAAGCCACCGUUCAAAUACAAUCUGGAGAUGCGGACGGUGCAUAUCUGGGUUGUAUUUCUGCCACUAUCACUCCAGAUAUUGGUACAACCCUCAAAGGCCUCUUAAGAUAUCUACCCUUGGCAAUCCUGAUCGUGGUGGGCGUUGCAACCAUUUCCGCCGCCGUUUUCAGUCCUUGGGGCUCCAGUGAUAUUUUUAACUGGUCCAGCAAUUUCGGUCGCGACGAAGAUCUUUUGCGUCUCGUUACUCCUGGCUUCGGAGACUGCCUUCAAUACAUUCAAUUCGUCGUCCUGACGGGUAGUCUGAGCCUGAACUAUCCCGGAUUCUACCAGCCUGCAGUCAGUCGUGUGAGCUGGUCAUCUCUCAUGUUCAAUGAAAGCUUCGUCACAGGCGGCAACGGUACCCAGCCAAUCGUCGAUGGCAUAUAUGAGCUUCGCAACAAUUCAAAAUACGGCCUCGACAAUAUGAGUCAAUUUGUCGGCAUGACCUCCGAUCGAGAUCUCUGGGCUGAUAUGAUGAUCUGGCUCGUCGUCAUUGUUGCUGCAGUUGUCGUCUUGUCCCAACUUGGCUUCGCCGGACGCUAUCUCUAUCGCCGAGUUGCGAACGUCGAACCAGAAGAUCUCCGAUCAAAGAACAUUCCUUUCACCAUGGGAAGCAUCAUUCGCGUGGUAUUCAACUUCUUCCUUCUCCCCCUAACAUCAUUGUCCUUUUAUCAACUAGUCAUUGCUGGGCGUGGGCCCAAUUACUCGGUGGCACUAUCUGUAGUGGCACUGGUCAUCGUACUUACUUUCACGGGUCGACUUGUCCUUUUGUUCAUGCGGACAAGACCACGAUCUGUUCUCUUCGACGAUUUGCUCACUCUCUUGGCCUAUGGGCCUUUGUACAACACUUACUGCGACGAUGCUGCCACUUUUGCACUCGUUCCUUUAAUGGUCAACCUCAUGCGCGGUAUUGCAAUUGGUGCUGUUCAACAAUCGGGAAUUGCACAAGUGGUAUUACUCGCCAUCUGUGAGAUUGUUCUCAUUCUUACCAUCAAUGCCUUUAGACCAUUCCCAUCGGCCACAUCCAUGAACAUCUAUCAUACAUGCUUUUCGGUCAUCAGGCUCAUUACCAUUCUUUUGUCAAUCGCAUUCGUACCUUCACUCGGAGUCGCUGAUUCUUCCCGAGGCUGGCUCGGAUAUGCAAUCCUGAUAAUCCAUGCCUGUACUCUGGUUUUUGGCUUUUUUUUAAAUGCCAUUCAGACUCUUGUUGAGGUCAUUGCUCGGCUGGCUGGCGCAGGAGGACGUGAUGAAGAUACCGGUGGUGCUACAAGAGGUGGACUGAACAAGGUCUUUGGUAUGCGACAACUGUCACGGCGUAUGCCACGAAGAGAGCAGACACGCCACAGCAUGUCAUCCAAUGCAGCAAUGCUUUCCGCUAUGGACAAUGAACAGAAACAGUUGCAAAUGGCAAAAACACGAUCUCGAAGUGUGUCUGCAACUUCAGGCGUAUUACUGGAUGGGAACAGAAAUUCGAACAGAAUCAGCUCAAAUCUUGAUAGCCGCACCAUGGGAAAUGUCACCCCUGAUGGUGGAAGCACUAUUGGGAAACGUCUCACACAGAGAUUGAGUGGUACUGGCUCCAUCGGUGCUAUUGUUGGUCUUCAUCACAAACAAACAGAAUCGAAAGAUCCUUACUAUCGACCUCCGCGGAGGAAUACAAUGGAUGCGCUCGGAGCAGGGGACGCCAGACCCAAAAUCCCCCUAAGUGGAGGAGCCAGGGGCAACAACAAUGAAGUGGCCGUAGAGGAUGAUAAUGGAGAGGGUACUUCGACACCCAUACGAGCAGAGAAUGAUGAUUUCGAAGACGCCAUCAGUGAACGUCCUGGCCCCAAGACCGAUUAUGCUGUCAGAGAGGUGGACUUUUAUUAUGGUGUUCGAGGUGCGGCACUUUCAAGUGGAACAAGAAAACUGAAAACUGGCCCGGCUGAUCCCACAGGUCCUGUUUCCACAGCAAGAGGCUGGUUUAAGGGAAUUGUUGGAGGAAAGACCAAGGAGAAAAACAAAGGCUUUGAGGUGGUUCGAAGUGCAAGAGCACCCCCUCCCGGCUUGUUCCCACCAACGCCCAUACCAGAAAAUCAAGAACCAGAACCCUAUCACGACGAAGAGCUACCACCACAAGGUGAGAGUAGCCGACCAGAUCGGACGAGUAUGCGGGUUGCAUCACCCGCUCAACAAAGACAUAGCGUCUAUGAUGAUAUAUCAGUAGAUGACUCCGAUGACGAUGAACGGCCUGUGUCGAGCGUUCCAAAGCAACCACCAUCAUUACCUCUGAUUGACUCGGUUGGCGCAAUAGAACUACCCAGCCGGAUUGGUUCCGAAGCUUCUCGCAAAUCUCGGAGAAGACCUCCACCUGGAGAAAUUCCCGAUGUACCAGCAGUACCAGCCGUUCCGCGGAAGAGUUCACGGAGACAAUCUGGAGGCGAUUCCGGCGAAAGGUCAAAUGUUUCCCGACCGAGAGUUCCCGCAAUGGGGCCUUCAGCAUAUACCCAUCAAAGUCCAUACAAAGGUCAACAAACCCUGAGUGCGAGUCGAAUUCCAUUUUCCAACACUCAAUCACCUGGACGAAACAAGCGCUAUUCAGCUGGAGCAGAGUCGACCAAUUCAAGUGUGCUAAGGGACACAGAUGAGAAUCUUCCAACAAAUCCAUCCCUGACGACACAGUUCCAACAUUCCUCAUCGGCGCUGGGUGUCCAUGGAGCCGAUAUUCGCAAUGAUAGGCCCUCUAACAUGGGAUUUGUUCAACAACAUCGAGCGAGCGAUCAUAUACAUUACAGUCCUGAUUCACCUGAAUUCGAGGGAAGCGCGGCCGAAAUUUACGGGCGGCCUGCGUGGUAA